GCGGUCAAUUAUUAUCGCUCAACCGCCUGCCAGCACCAGUAGACGACGCAUCAUUCGUGAUCGGGCUGGGCUGCAUCUUCAAUCCAAGUUUUUCUCCCCUUCCUCUGCCUUCUUUGCCGUCAUUCAUUGCGUCUUAUCUCAUCCACCCACGCUCUUUUUAUUUCCUCAACCUUAACUUUGCCGACAAGUCCUUGUCGAGUCUGACAAUUAACUUGUCAACCCAACACUCGUUUUCUAGUCAUUCGUUGAAAAAGUCGUUCGCUCGUUGUUGCGAUCCUUUCUGCUUACCUACUGUUGUUUUUUUGUUUGAAGGGGGGACCGUGUACCGCCAUCUUCUCGACUAGAGUCAAUUCCUUCGAUAUUCCCUGCAUCCUAUUUUUGGCCCCGUGGAACAACCCGACACGCCCGAGACACGAGCUGUCCCCUCACAGACCUUGAUCCGUCGCAUACUUCGGUUGAUACUGCGCAUCUUCCCGCUACACAUCCCAACUCUCGCCAUCCGGACUCUCGAAUCACAACCUUCCAUCCUGCAGACGGACCUCAUCUCCCCUGGAACAUUCGAAAACCUCAAACCUUAACCCGGAUUUCAGUUGAUUACUCGCGACAGAAUAUAAUAAUAAAAAAAAAAUCUCGGCCGGCCUUCGGAGCCUGCCAUUCGGCAAAGGCGAUCGAUACCCACAAUCGACGACCACAGGCGGCAUUUGAAUUCGUUUGGUGCGCCCCUGUAUCCCGAAGAACGGAACGAUUUAAACACGGCUCAAAACAAGAAUAAGAGGGUCAUUUGGCUGCGUGAUUCUAGCACGUUUACUCGCCUCGCACCCGUACACCUUCGGAAGAUACUACUGUCUUAGCCAAAGAAUGAUCACAGCCCAUCUGUCAACAUGAUGUUACACGAGCCCGCAAUGGCGAAUCAUCUGGCCUCGAUGAAACGAACCGACUCUCCUCCCGGCCUGACUGGCUCGAAAUCAUCCAAAUCUUCGUCCUUCCACUCUCGCAAUUCCGACGACAGCAGCGUCCUGGCAGACGUUAGCCACUUCGAGGAGAUAGGACUCGACGACGUUGCAACCCACCUCGAACGGGAGGUCCCCGUGAAAACAGCCCCAAACCCUUUUAGCGCCUCGUACCCGACAGACCUACGAGCCGCCUCCCGCACAAAGUCAGCACCACGCCUGCCCGCCCCCAGGGACUUGGGCAAGACACGGCCUCUGCGAGAAAUCACCACCGGAACCAAGACACGACCAAAGUUUCCCCCACUACACACUACUGACCUUCGGACCAUCAAUGUACGCAGCACAAAUCUCAACACACUCUACCCCGCGCCUAUGACAAGCCCCAUUCGUUCCAAGAGCCUGGGCCCACGCAAUGCCGCCAUACUACCCUCAAGGCGCCGCAGAAGCCCGAGUCCGAACUUGUCAAUGGUUUCGCGGGAUCCAAGCAUAUCGAUGAUACGACCGCGAAGGAGCAGCUGGCAGGCAACCCAUGAGCGCAAGUCAUCAUUGGAACUGGAGAGAGAGUGUGAUGAGGAUGACGAUGACGACAUUCCGGACUAUCUCAUUCUUGACAAUGUGCCGAUAUCCCCAAGACCACAAUCCGAACGUUCGAGGAGUCAGGCGAGCUCCAAGGCCAACUCCCCCGACCGUGGGCCCAAGGAGAGGGUCAGAAGCAUCGGCAAUGGCACUCCUGCUGUUGCCAUGGCACACGGAUCUUUAAGAUCACCGACCUGGAAAACGGAUGGUGCGCUCGCCUCACCUCCGACCCCCCAUGGUCACAAUCUCAUAUCUACACCACCGAGUGGCACGGUCAGCCCGAUGAAGACGCGGACCAAGAGCUGGACGGUAGCAUUGGCCGAAUUGAAUGCCGAAGCAAAGGAACUGACGGAGAAGCUCGAGGAACAUGCCGAUGAAUUGCAACAAAAGUCCGCUCAGCGGUCAAGCACGGGUUCCAUGCCCACAAAUCGACCCCGAUCAGCUGAUUCCAACGACACCAAGACACGUCACAAGUCAGCAUUGCCAGAACUGCCACCGCUACGCAGGAGUAACAUCAUGAUUGAUCCUCUGCCGAUAUCUAAAGAAAAAGAAGCAGUGCUCUCGAGGACCCGUCCCUCAUGGCUGCCACCCAAGGACCCUGCGGAGGAGCGUCGUCACCUGAAAGAAUACCAAAAGAUGAUGGCAAAGAGCGCCGAGGCAGAUAGGCGGCGAGAGACGGCGAAGAAGCUCAAAUCAGAAUGCAAAGACGUAGCAGCCGAUACUCUUAUGCAAGUUUGGGAGUUUGACGUGCUACCAAGAUGGAACGAAGCCAUUCGCGAGCGUCGAACUCGCGAGCUCUGGUGGAGAGGAGUUUCACCAAGGAGUCGAGGAGCCGUCUGGACACGAGCCAUUGGAAACGAGCUGGGACUGACCGAGACAUCAUAUCGCGCCGCACUGCGUCGCGCCCGCGAGGCCGAGGAACGGGAGGCUGCAGGGAAGUCCACGUCUGCCGACCAAAAAUAUGCUGGCUGGAUGCGUGCCAUCCGACGAGAUGUUGAAAAGGCCACUUGGAUAGACCUAAGAAUCUUCCAAAAAGGUGGCCCUCUACACCAGAGCCUUGUUGAUAUUCUUUCCGCCUAUGCCAUGUACCGCAGUGAUAUCGGCUAUGUUGCUGGAUGUAACACCAUGGCGGCUCUUUUGCUCCUUAACCUUCCCUCUGCAACCGAAUCGUUUAUCGCACUGGCAAACGUGCUCAACCGACCACUACCUCUCAGCUUUUACGCCGCCGACCCUGGCGCAAAAGCCACCGCAUACAACCUCAUUCUUCAAACUCUUGCCCAUAAAUCGCCAGCUCUGCACAAUCAUAUCACCAACUUGCCCGACCAUGAUCCCGAACUAUACAUGUGCGACCUGUUUACUGGCCUCUUCACUUCUCACCUACCACUAGACGCUGCCGCACGCUUAUGGGACGUCUAUGUCUUCGAGGGAGACAAGCUUCUGAUCCGUGCCGCCGUGGCGCUAAUGGCCGAGAACGAAAUGUCGUUGCUUGGUACCGCCAGCGCUUCAGAAGUCCAUACUGUCCUUCAAGGCCGGUCUUGCACCACAGCGUCUUCAUCACCAGGCUCCGACAAGCAUGCCAAGUCGCAGCGCGUAGUAGGACGUGCUGGAGAGGAAGACGCAUGGAUCAACGCCGUGCGCUCUGCUGGCAAAGUUUGAUUGUCACGCCUUAAUGACUGCAUGCAACCGCCCCUUGCUAUUUGAUGAACAAAAUUUGUUCGACGCUCGACAUCACGUAUAUACCCAGUAGUCAAUCUGGAAAACUGGGCUUCAUCUAAAGAUUUUGAUUUUCCUAGCUUUCUGUUUUUUGGGGGCGUUGAUUUAACCGGGUCGGAUUUUAUACUGUUAUAACUUCUUGCUGCAAGCUGAUCUGGGGAUUUGUCCCUCCAGAUCGCGCUUUAUUCUGUAUUCUUAAUCUUCAUCUGGGUACACAAACCCACAUAGGUACCUAGAAAGUUGCGCCCAGUCAACGUCACCGUACCUGGACAUAACAUGGCUAUAUCCUCAUAGACCGUUCAAUAACACGAUAAAAAGUAUCUAUGAACAAAAUACAUGCGCAAC